GUUGCCAUCUACAGUCUUCAUUGGGGAGUUACCUCUCAGCUCCCUACAAGAUAUUUGCAAACGUGAGUCAGUUUCGCAUCAGUGAUACAAUUAAAGUCAGACCACAAAUCAAACACACGUGGAUGCAGAAUCAGAGAACUCAUCUAGCAGUUAUCAGAAGUUCGUGUAAUAAAAAUAUUCAUUUUAACAUUUGUAUCAGGAACACUUAUUUUCAUAUUUGUUUGUGAACGCCAUAUUUAAAUUAAUAACGAUACAGAAGAAACAUUUAUAUACACUUCAUGCACACGUAAAAAUAAUUAAUAAUGGUUGAAGCAAAAAAGAAAUACUUGUCAGAGCUUUCCCAACAGAAGAGGAACCAACAAAGUAAAAAACGAUUAAAUCCAUUUGAGGUGCAUAUAAAUAAAAACAAACAAAAUGUUCUGGGGAAAAAGAGCAAACUGGACAAAGGACUUCCUGGUAUAUCUCGUGCAAAAGCAAUAAAAAAACGAAAAGGAACGCUUCUACACGAGUAUAAAUUAAAAAAUAAGGAUAAUAUGUUUCUGGAUAAACGUAUAGGUGAGAGAAAUGCUGGCAUGAAUGCAGAGGAUAAAGCUGUUGCAAGAUUUGCUGCAGAACGUUUGAAAGCUCACAAGAAGAAAAACAUUUAUAAUCUAAAUGAUGAAGAAAUAUUGACACAUAGAGGGCAAACUUUGGAAGAGAUAGAGAAGUUCGAUGACCCAAAAAGCGAUGAUGAGUUUACUGACGAUGACAAUAAGACUGGCAAGUUGGAUGACAGAUUUGUUAGCGAAGCCCACUUUGGUGGUGGAGUUCUGUCAAAAUCGGAGAAAUCCAGAAAGGAUAUUAUCGAUGAACUCAUAGCUGAGUCAAAGAAACGUAAGGCCGAGCAACAGAAGAUACGUGAACAAACGAUAGAUUUAACAGAAAAACUUGACACAGAGUGGAAAGAUCUUCUUCCUAUAGUAACAGCAGCUAAUAAAGCAAUUGAAGAAGUAGUUAAUAAACCCAAAGCCGAUGAUUACGACAUUGCUGUACGUGAGCUGAAAUUCGAAGCCAGAGGUACAGCAUCUGAGAAAUUAAAAUCCGAGGAAGAAAUUGUAAAAGAGGAAAAAGAGAAAUUGGAAGCCCUUGAAGCUGAUCGAUUGUCCAGAAUGAAAGGUUUCGUCAAUGAUUCCAAUAAUGAAAUUAGGCACAAGUCUGCGGAUGACCUUGAUGAUGGCUUUGCAUUGGAGGCUGUGAACGAAGAAGCACAAGAAGAAGAAGAAAACAAUGAGGAAGAUAAAGAAGGUGAAGAUGAUGACAGCGAUAAUGAUAGUGAUGUUGAAAAGGAAAAUUCUGGUGAAAAUGGUAGUGAUGUUGAAAAGGAAAAUUCUACUGAAAAUGAUGACGAUGUUGAAAAGGAAAAUUCUGCUGAAAAUGAUGGUGAUGUCGAAAAAGAAAAUUCUGCUGAAAAUGAAAUAGAAGACUUUUCUGAUGCAGGAACUAAUCACGAUAUUAAGGAGAAGAAAAAGGUUAGAGAUAAUAAAAAAAGUAAGACAGAAGAAAUUUCUGAAGCAGUACACUCAGAAGCUGAAAGUUCUGAAGAAGAUAAUUUGUCAGAUUUGAAAGAUUCAGAAUCUUCUAGUGAAGAUGAAACUGCGGAAAAUAAGAAGACUGUCACUUUUGCAAAAAAUAAUGAAAAUGUCUCAAAGCAGAAAGGAAAUUCUGAUUCUACAAAUAUUAAAUCCAUACUUAAAUCAAAAACUGAUACAAAUGUCCCGGAAAUGGAAAAUAAAGAUAGACAGCAAGAAAUUAGAGAAGACUUAUUGAAAAGAAAAGAAAUUAUGGAGAAAGCAAGGAAAGAGCUACCUUACACCUAUAAAGUACCAACAAGUUAUGAAGAAUUUCAAAAGUUGUUAAAAAAUCAUAAUGCUGAGUAUCAGUCAGUCAUUAUUGACCGCAUUAUAAAAUGUAACCACUGGACAUUGGAUGGCAGAAAUAAAGAAAAAUUAUCAGACCUGUUUAUAUACUUACUGCAGCAUAUAAAUGAUUGUGCUGUAGAAGAUAAUGUAGAAAGUAUUGUUAACUGUUUUAACAUUUUUGAUAGGUUGUGCCCUUUUCUAUAUGAUUUAGCACACAUGGAUCCAGUGAAUGCCAAAACUUCUAUACAAGAAAUAAUUAAAGAAAAACACGAAAAAUUCGAGAAGAAUAAGAAGAGAUUUCCAGAUCUAGAUAUUUUUAUUUUCUUCAAAUUGGUUUCUUUGUUGUUUCCGACGUCUGAUUUUAGACAUCCCGUGGUUACGCCGUGCUUGAUAUUUAUGUCCCAGAUCUUGCUCAGAUGUCGUAUAAGAAAUAAAAUAGAUAUCGUGAAAGGACUUUUUAUAUGUACACUUAUUUUAGAGUACACGGUAUUGAGUAAGCGGUUUCCCCCGUCGGCAAUAAAUUUCUUGCGAGGAAUAAUUUAUUUAGCCACACCAAAACAUUUGAUACAAGGGAUAAAAAUGAUACCACCGUUUAAAAGAAACGGGGAAUCAAGUAAUUUAUUGAUACUCGAUGGUGAUCAAACUGAUCUAGAUAUUAAACCGAGUAAUGCGCUUAUGAAGGCGUCAGAUUUACUAGAAGAAGGACAACUGGAUGAUGAAUUUAAAAUAAGAGCUUUAAUAACAGCUAUUAACAUGCUGCGAGAAUUCAAGAAUCAUGUGGAGGAACUAGAAGCUGUAUAUUCGAUUUUCGAACCAGUUUUGAAAUUACUCAAAGCGAAUGCAUUUGAUAAGUAUCCGUCAAAUGUAAAACAGCAUAUUAAAGAAUUCCGGAAAGAGUUAAAGGCACUGAAAAAGAAAAAAUUAGAAUAUUUAGUGAUUCAGAAGAAGAAACCAAAACCACUGAGACUAUAUGAACCGCGAAUUGAGCCUGUGUAUGAUGGUAAGAGACAUAAGCCUAUGUCCAAAGACAAAGCAGAAAGAGAGAAACUGUUACACAAAUAUAAGAAGGAAAUGAAGGGCGCGAUGCGUGAAAUACGUAGGGAUAAAUCAUUCAUAGCGAAAUUACAAAUAAAACAACAAAUUAAGAGUGACGAGGAACGCAAGCGUAAGGUCAGAGAAAUUUAUGGCGAAGCCGCUAUGCAACAGAAUGAAUUAAAGAAGCUGAAGAGAAAGAAAUAAAAUUAGCACGAAGUAAAACAUUCGAUGCUCACGAUUACUCUACUUGACGACAUAAGGUUAUUUGGAACCUUAACUACAAUGAAAUAACCGUAUUCGCUAUAUAGCAAGUAUGUCAUUUGAAUAUUUAACAAAAUGUUUUUCAAAGUAAAUAUGUCAACAUACAAAGUAUGUCGAUCUAUUUUACUCGCUUUUAGUACAAUACAGCAAUUGCAUCAAACAGACUGAUGUCGUCUCAGACAAUAAUGUGUAUAUAAAUGUUGUAAUUAUAAUAAAGUAUUGUAUAUAAGUAUACUUAUUGGGAA